UAUCUUAUAUCCACAAUACAUAGAAACAAUCAUAUACUUUCAAGUAUAAUAAGCUGAAGUGAUGUAUAAAUGUGUAUUUCUUUACUCUGACGUCGGAUGUAAUAUAAAUUUCUUUAAUUUGGGGAAAAUAACUUGUGAAUGUCUAUAAAAACAUUUCUUGCUGCGCAAAAUCAAUGUUUUAUUCUUAAUAUUAUAUUAUUAUAAUAUGACAAUAUUAUUGCAAAUGCCAUAAAACUUCACAGCUAUAUUAGGUUAAAUUAUUUUUAAAAAAUAGUCGUAUAUUCAGUUUCACAAAACAUUAAUUCAAUUAUACAUUUAUCAUGACAAAGCAGAUGUUUGUUUUAGAAAGUUUUUCAGAUAUUAUCAAUGAACUGAAAGUUACAAUCAAUUAAAAUAUUGUGAAUGAAUCAAAUAAUAUACUAUAGUGUAAGACUAAUUGUGUAAACUUGUAAUAAAGUAAUAGACAAAAAGCAUUGUCAUUAAGCAAUUACUUUUUAAAGCUGUGGAAAAUUUAAAUAAAAAAUCAAAGAUGAACGCAACAAUGACUUUUUGUCCUCCAAAUAUUACCUUUACUGAUAUUUGGGUAAACCAUGGAAUGUCCAAAUGCUUUAUGGACACUAUCAGUAUUGCUAUUAUUUCCUCAUAUUUAUUAAUUUUUGGUACAAUUCAACUUUGGAUGUAUCAAAAGUAUGGAACAGAAACUACUGUGACUUUAUUGUCCAGAAAUAAAUUAUACAAUGUACAAAAAUUUUUUCUUUACUUUGUUCCGAUACUUAGUAUAGUGAGAAUAAUUCUACAAGGAACAAUCUUGGAUGAUAAUAAGAUAUAUGGAUAUAUGAUUCUUACAACAGUAUUAACAAUAAUUGUAUAUCCAUAUUCAAUAUACAUACUAAAAGUAGAGAGGCACAAAUUGUUACCAAGUGUGCCACCACAAGGACACGGACUUGUAUUAUUGGGUUUCUGGACAUUAGCAUUUGUUGCAGAAAAUCUUGUGUUUGUUAAUAUUGGAAAACUUGAAUGGUGGUUUCAUUUAAACACAUUAACAGAUCAGAUUGAGAUGGCACUAUUCAUUCUACGUUAUGUCAGCAAUCUUAGUAUCUUUGCUUUAGGACUCAAAGCGCCAGGUAUUACUGGCAAUACAGAUUCUGAAUAUCAUACUUUGAAUAAUGGCCCAGCUUUACGGUCAAGAUAUUAUCAAGGUAGACCUGAGGAUACUAGUUCUACAUGGAAAAAUGCAUGGUAUAAAAUAAAAACUUUAAUACCAUUCUUGUGGCCAAAGACUUUUGUGCUUCAACUUCGUGUUAUUUUUUGCUUUGGAUUACUUAUAUUAGGACGUUUAAUUAAUUUAUAUGUACCAAUUUAUAAUAAAAAAAUUGUAAACAGUGUCACUGAUACUCCUGACUUAUUCAGAUGGGAUCUCAUAAUAAUAUAUGUAGCAUUCAAAUUCUUACAAGGCGGUGGUACAGGUGGUAUGGGAUUAUUGAAUAAUCUUAGAUCAUUUCUAUGGAUUCGUAUACAACAAUAUACAACCCGAGAAAUAGAAGUAGAAUUAUUUAGACACUUACAUGGAUUAAGUUUACGUUGGCAUCUAGGAAGAAAAACUGGAGAGGUCUUGAGAGUUAUGGAUCGCGGAACAGAUUCUGUAAACAAUCUUCUCAAUUACAUUUUAUUCUCAAUUGUUCCAACAAUUGUUGAUAUCAUUGUAGCUGUUUCAUUCUUUGUUGUUGCUUUCAACAAGUGGUUUGGCUUAAUUGUAUUUUUAACUAUGAGCCUUUAUAUAGCUGCUACAAUCUUUGUUACUGAAUGGCGUACUAAAUACCAGAGACACAUGAACUUAGCAGAUAAUGCCCAAAAAGCACGAAGUGUAGACAGUUUACUUAAUUUUGAAACUGUUAAAUAUUAUGGAGCAGAAUCAUACGAAGUUGACAAUUAUAGAAAAGCAAUAUUGGAAUUCCAAGUUGCAGAAUGGAAAUCAAUGAUAACAUUAAAUAUUUUAAAUACUUUACAAAAUAUAAUUGUUUGCAGUGGUUUACUUGCUGGUUCUUUACUUUGUUUACAUAUGGUUGUAGCCAAACAAGGUUUGACCAUUGGUGAUUAUGUAUUAUUCGCAAGUUACAUUAUACAGCUUUAUGUCCCAUUAAAUUGGUUCGGAACAUAUUACCGAGCGAUACAGAAAAAUUUUGUUGAUAUGGAAAAUAUGUUUGAUCUUUUGAGAGAAAAUCAAGAGAUUAUCGAUGCUCCAGGCGCUGGUCCAUUGAUAGUAAAGCGUGGUCAAGUUGAAUUUUCAAAUGUGACAUUUAGCUAUACACCUGAGAAAGUUAUACUAAAAAAUAUUAGUUUUAUCGUGCCAGCAGGAAAGACUGUUGCAUUGGUUGGAGCAUCUGGAGCAGGCAAAUCUACUAUUGUACGAUUAUUAUUCAGAUUUUAUGAUGUAGAACAGGGUGCUGUUUUGAUUGAUGGUCAAAAUAUUAAGACUAUCACUCAAAGUUCUUUAAGACGAGCAAUAGGUGUCGUACCCCAAGAUACAGUAUUAUUUAAUAAUACUAUAAAAUACAACAUUCAAUAUGGACGUAUUGAAGCUGCAGAUGCAGAUAUAAUAUCAGCAGCUCGAAACGCGGAUAUUCAUGAGCGAAUUCUUUCAUUUCCAAACGGUUAUGAUACACAGGUUGGUGAAAGAGGCCUUCGUUUAAGUGGAGGAGAAAAACAACGCGUUGCUAUCGCGCGUACGAUACUGAAAGAACCAGCAAUCGUACUUUUAGAUGAAGCAACAAGUGCACUCGAUACACAAACAGAACGUAAUAUUCAAGCAGCAUUAAAUCGAGUCUGCGCUAAUCGGACGACUAUUAUCAUAGCACACAGAUUAUCCACGGUGAUACAUGCCGAUGAAAUUCUUGUUUUGAAAGACGGAGAAAUCAUAGAGAGGGGCAAACAUGAAGAAUUGAUUUCUUACAAUGGAACAUAUCAUUCCAUGUGGCAGGCACAAUUGCAAAAUGAUCAAGAGGCUAUCAAAGAUUCAAAUGAUGAUGCUCCAGAGAGUGAAACAAUUUAAUUACAUUUGAUUUUGUUAAAUGUAACAAUUUAUUUAAGAAUUACAUAAAUGCGAAAAUUUACAGAGA